AUGGGAAUCUCCCUCCAGCUGGUUUGGUUGGCUUGGAAGAGGACCUUUGGAAGAAAAGAAGUUACAUGUGAGCUUGCUAGUACUUCGACGCAGGAGAUUGAAGAUGGAUGGGAGAAGGCGAGACUUGUGGCAUUGGCUCAUAGUGAGGAGUCAGAAAAUGAUUUGCUCAUUAAUGAACGACUAGGAAUGGCCAAACAAUCGAAAAAUCUUCGGAGAGGCCAUCGUACCAUACCAUCACCUUCUGCAUCGAUAUCAGUAACCAGUACCUCCACUCACCUCAAGAUGGAUUACGAUGACUCAGAAGCAGAGCCUGAGUUCGAUACCCGGAACGAGGCCUAUGAGGAUCGAGACACUAUCAAAAAGAGUAGACAGGCUCUCGGCCUCACACGAAACUAUGUGCCAACUUGGACUGGACGAGAUGCCUUCCGAGAAUUGUUCCAAAACUGGAUGGACGGAAUGAUCGAAGCUCAAGGACUGGAUCAAGGCUCAAUAAAAAUUGUCUUUAAAAAAGGGGAUGAUGAGUGGGUCGCAACUGCUCAUCCGCCAGGAUCUGAGAAAAUGAUAGGAUUCAUUCGUUUCCUGGAAAAGAAGGGCACCCUAGAGCUUUCAAACUUCGGAGCAAGACUACAACGGAAAGCACUUGACCUCGGUGUGAGUUCCAAACGAACCAAAAAUAACCUCGCUGGCACUCACGGCGAAGGAUUCAAAGUUGCUUCAUUAGUGCUAGUUCGGAAAGGCUACCAGGUCCGUUAUGAAUCUUCUAAAGCCUAUUGGAACUUUGGACUUGGCGGCAAAGAUAAAAGUCACUUGUAUUGUCAUAUCUCACCUAUGAAAGACUCCCAACUCACCAAACGCAUGCUCGCAAAUACCAAGCAAUUUUACGAAAAGAAGCCACGAGGUCUCAUUUCAAACAUCUGGGAGGACGUUUGCGUCAAGAUCGGCAAAGUCUAUAGUAAGAAGGGGCUCGCCAUAGAUAAUGCGACAUUUAUGGAGUGGAUCAAAGUCUCUUUCGUACUUUGCCCUCCGACAAGACAGUUCAAGACUCCUGAUGGAGACCUCGUCCUAGACAAACCAUUUGGUGGCCGCCUUUACCUGAAAGGACUUUACAUCGGAGGAUCGGCAAGCUCGAAGGUGCUCAAGUUUGGUUACAAUUUGUCUUCUGGACAGAUCAAUCGGGAUAGGCAGAUACUCACAAACAGCUCGGAAGAAGCAACUUCUUUUGCAAGAAUGUGGGGCCAUGUAAUUCGGGAAGGAAAUCAAGAAGCGCUCAAGGAAUACACCAAAAUGCUUCUCGAAGACGAUGAGAAGCAUUGGGCCGAUGUUAACUUCGCCAAAGACUUCAUCACCAAACCUGUUGCAGCCCAAAUAUGGACACACCUCCUCACAUUAUAUCCCCAACGGGAUGUUUUCUUCUACCGAAAGCAAGAUAACAAGGAUUUUCAUGCGAUCAAGAAGCAUUUGCCAAAGGAGCCGAUUUCACUUCCUACCUGUGUCUGGGAUACUUUACGGAAAUAUCACAUUGUUCGGACCCCGGAAGAAUAUCGCCAUGAUUUAUUGCAUAAUGCCCCCGGCUCCAGUGUAGAAGAGACCCCAUAUUCCGCCGGUGUCAAGAGAGCUUUGAGCGCGGCAUUGGCAUUGGACGAGAGAACCAAGGAUCUGAAGGUGAUCUUCAAGCAAGCUUCCAAGUCUGGUGUUGAACUACUUCUCGAUGAGAAUGAUCUUCUUAUUUCCGACACCUACUUGGACUUCGCUGCUAGUCAUCGGACGAUAUCUUGCUAUUUGUGGGAAUGUGCUAUCAACCCUCCAGAUUUUCCCUGCGAUCACAUUAUCGUUGGUUUAUAUGAAACGAUUCUUCAUGAUCUAAAGAAAGGUGGCCAGCCGCUGCUGCAGAAGUCGUUCGAAUCUAAUAUCUCGCUGCGACAGAAGCUUGAUGUAAACCUCCGACAGAUGCCGCGCAUCGUGGAACUUGUUCCUGGCAAGUCCACCGGAGAGCUGAUGGUCUCUUGGACUGAUCUUGAAAGCAACAUGAUUUCGAGACUUCAUGGUCUGGAUAUGAUGUACAAGGCAACCCUGCAUAAAAGAAGCAUUUGCUCGGAUAAACAAUUUGAUCUAAUUUUUCAAACUGAGGGUGCUACGAUUGACAAUAUGGACUUCCGCGACCGCCGAGGAGUUGCAUUAUGUGGGUGCCCUUUUGCAAUCGUCUCGCAGAAAGGAAAUGGUGUCGUAUUUCCAGGACUCGACAGCAACGAAGAAUACUUCCCUAUGGUUUCCCGGUACAUCGACCAGGCCUUUUAUGGCGUGCCACCCGUAGCAAUUCUCCCCACCGCGAAAGACGUUGCGGAUCUCAAGAGUGAAGUGAAUCCUGCUCAUAUCCCAAUAAAGGCUCCUGCAGACGGACACAUCAAUCUUUCAGGAAUCAAUGCAGUAGAGUUUGCCCACCGCUAUUUUGAUGAAGGAAUUGGUUUUGAUAUUACCUCGAACCACACCGGAGAUGCUCAGACAGGUCAAGUUGAAACCAAGAUCAUACCUGAGGCAGGGGUUCAAGAUAUCAUCAAGCCGCUCGAUCUGGAGGUUGAGAAGCUGAAGACUCAUGUGAAGGAGCUGAGCACUACUCUACAGACCCAGAAGCGAGAGUUAAAUUCCACAAGCCAACACCUCCAAUCGAAGGAACAAGAGCUUGUAUUGGCCUUAGAGACUCUUGAAAAUAAAGAGAUGGAGCUUCGUCAAGCCAAAGCAGAGAGUGAGGCUGAGGUUCAGCGUCUUUUGAGCCUUGUUGAAGACUUGAGGGGCGAGAACCAGCAGCUCUACGAAAACGAAGCAGAUAGCAAGACGGAAACUGCAGAACUCACGACCAAGAUUCAGAAUCUCCACGCGGAGAUUGAGCUACUCCGGGGAGAUAAGCUACCCACUGAGGUCCAGAAUAGUGAGCCUGAAAGUCAACAAUCCCGGGCACAGCCAGAGGCCCACCCAGUCGAUGGAAAUCCUACCGAUCUUCAAAACCAGGCCCAGGAAGUGAAGCAAGACACCGAGAUCACCCCUGCACUGCACACCGAGAUUCAAGGACUGAAGACAUCCCACAAUUCUCUUCAGGCUGAACUCGCGCAAAUCCGAAAUGAACGCAAGCUCAUGAUUGGCACCCUCGAAACACUUUCCAACAUCAUGCAAGGUGCACUGCGCUUGCCCACCCGAGAGAAUAUGGUUCCUCUGCUUCAAAACGUCUUGGAUAUCAUGCAAACGAUGAUCAACUCUGGCCCUCGGGUGGCUCCAGCAAGCAAGCAGGUUGUUGCUGCAAUCAAGCGUGAGCGGCAGAGCGACGAAGGUCACCCCUCCAGGUCUAACCGGCUACCAAAGAAACAGAGAACUAGAACUCCCAUCAAACAUGAGGCUUCCAUCGAUCUGACCGACUCUUCAUGA